GCUCUGCGCAGCCUCGCAAUGGACGUGCGGAGCGCGCAGUAUCUGCCUGCCGCCUUCCUGCUCCUGCUCCUGGGCUGCGUCUGGAGCCAGGCGCUGGGCAACGCCCCCGACAGGAUCGCUGUGAUUGGCGCUGGUAUUGGUGGCACCAGCGCAGCUUAUUAUUUACGCCAGAAGUUUGGCAGAGAUGUACAGAUCGACCUGUUUGAGAGAGAAGCGGUCGGGGGCCGUUUGGCUACUAUCCGUGUGGAAGGCAAAGAGUACGAAGCGGGGGGAUCCGUCAUCCACCCCCUUAACCUGCACAUGAAAGCCUUUGUCAAGGAACUGGGACUCUCUCCUACACAAGGCCAGAACCACCUGGCAGGCAUUUAUAGUGGAGACAGAUUUGUAUUUGAGGAGAGUGGCUGGUACAUCAUCACUGUUCUUAAGCUGCUUUGGCAGUACUGGUUGAACCCUCUGCGAAUAUACAUGUGGGUGGAAGAUAUCAUGGACAAGUUCAUGAGGAUCUACCGCUACCAGGAUAAUGACUAUGCCUUCACCAGCACAGAGAAGCUAGUCAGUGCCCUGGGAGGGGAUUACUUCCUGCAGCUCCUGAAUGAGACUAUUGGCAGGGCUUUGCAGAAGACUGGCUUCUCCCAGACAUUUAUCAAUGAGGUGGUAACUCCAGUCAUGAGAGUCAAUUAUGGGCAAACUGUGAACAUCAAUGGUUUUGUCGGCGCAGUGUCUCUGGCAGGCGCAGACUCUGGCCUCUGGUCAGUCACAGGAGGCAACAAACGUGUCUGUGAUGGUCUUCUUUCUGCUUCCAAAGCACAGCUUAUCCCUAGCACUGUUACCUCAGUAGAGAUGAUAACACAGCCCAGGGCAUCAGGAGGAAAAACUCAGCAGUAUGAAAUCUGCUACAAUUCCACAUCUGGGGUAGCCAUCGCCCAUUAUGAUAUAGUUGUCAUUGCCACACCACUGAAUCAUAAGAUGUCCAAUAUUACGUUUUGGAACUUCAACCCACCCAUUCCAGAGUUCUCCAGGCCUUACCAUCAGACCAUAGCAACUUUCAUUCAUGGGCAGAUAAACACAUCUUUCUUUGGAUACCAGGACUCCUCCAGCUUCCACAUAGAUGGCAUUUUCACAACAGACAAUCCCAAGCUGUUCAUCAACAGCAUGGGGGUGGUAUCUCCUGUCCAAAAUGAACAGGACAAGUUGGAGCAAUCUCUGGGAUCGGCCGUCUGGAAAGUGUUCUCUAAAGAACCUCUCACCGAGGAGCAGAUCAACUUGCUCUUCUCAUCCUAUGAUUCAGUGAAAGCAAAGCAGUGGCUGGCCUACCCGCACUACAGUUCCCCCAAGAAAUGCCCACCUUUCAUCCUCCAUGAUCAAAUGUACUACCUCAGUGGAAUAGAAUGUGCUGCCAGCGCAAUGGAGAUGAGUGCCAUAGCAGCCAAAAACGUGGCACUUCUCGCUCAUCACCGCUGGUACGGGAACACGGACAAGAUUGACCAAGAAGGCCUACAUGAGAAACUGAAAACCGAGCUUUGAGUUCCUCCCAGCUGCAACCCGAAACCAAGGCAUCUAAGAUGUGCUGUCAUGUCCAUAGAAAGUUUAUGGCUAUUUUGAGCAAGUGGUGCACUGUUAAAGAUUUUCUUGGCCGAUGCAGAUGGCCACUUAUUAACCAGCCACAUUGAAUCUGUAUUGGCCAAUUGCCGAUUUACGGAAAAGCAACCUGGCAGCGUGGAGAACAGAGUCCUGCCGCUAAGUCUGUGGGGGGUGGUGGGGAGGAACAUGGGGGAAGGAAUGUGCAUGAAGGAGGCAGAUUGAGGCCCCCACAGUCGGGGAGGGAGUGAGGCAGGGACAGGGGUGCUGCCCAGCCAGGGCAGUGAAUGCAACCCUGGGAGUGGGACAGCCACAGGCGGCUCAUCCACAGAGGGCGGGGAGUUGGGCAGCUCCCCUUUCACUCAGCGCACCGCUGGGGGAGUCAUGGGGGCAUGUGCCCCUCCAGAUUUGUGCACAGGGCAAAGGCGGGUUGCCCACUGUGGGGUUGGGAAAGGGGCUGUGCCAGCCUCUUUCUGGCUCAGGGGCUGCACUCAGGGUGGGGGCAAGCACAAAGUGCUGAGUGGGGUGGCUAUGGGGAAUUUUGGGGUGACUGUAGUCUACCCCUAGAUACCCCUCCCAGCACUGCUACUACCCACCCUGAGCUAAGACCCCCUGCUGGGAAGUGGCUGACAUAGCCUCUGGCCCCAAGCCCAGUGGGCAGCCUGCCCUCAGCCCAUGCACUAAUCUGGAAGGGGCACAUGUCUCCCCUGGGGUGGGGUGCACACAGUGGCAGGGAGCUGCUCCCCCUCACCCCCGAAAAGCCACCCACAGCUCUGUCCCGCUCCCAGGGUUGUAUUCACUGCCCUGGCUGGGCAGCGCCUGUCUGUGCCCUUGCCCCACUCCCUCUCUCACUGUGAUGGGCCUUAGUCUGCCCCCCCCCCUUAGUCCUGGCCCCAUGCAUGCUACAAUAUUUUUCAGUGAAAACUAAGGCACCUAGGCUAUGGCAUUUAUCAGUGACAUUAUUGGCGACACUGGCCGAAUCAAUGCUAUAUGUCACUGAUAUAUCAAUGCAUUUCUACUUUUAACCACUUUAAGUGACUAUAUAAGAUUUUUUUUCCUUCUCUAACUUGAUAUAGUAAUCAGAUCAAUUACUUGGAACAAGUAACUUCCAUGUAACAACUAGCACUGAAACUGAGGGGAUGGCAGAAAGGAAGAAUCAGAUGGUGAAUGAGGCUUAAAUGAAGAUGAAACCAACCUCUCCAUUCUGUCUUCACCAGCAAUUCAAGCAAGUACUAAACUUUUGUCCCAAUUUCAGACAAGCAUUGAGCAAGUGUUUUGAGUCCAGUCUUUAUGUAAAAUGCUUCCUAAUUAGGAUAGUGUCUUGAGUGAGGACCUGCUUGUGUAGAAUCAGUCCAGACACUUAAAUACACAACUAAAUUUACCUACAUAAUUAGUUCUAUUUACUUCCACAGAAGUAUUGUCACAGGUAAAGUUCAGCACGUUAAGUAUUUUCAGGGUAAGGCCUUAGUGUCUCUUUCUGGGUGACUGUUUUACACAGCAACAAGGAAAACGUUUUAAUUUUUGAAGUGAGGCAGGUGGAGGUAGUUAGACUUAACAAAUAGGGCUGUGCGAAACAGCACCGUUCCAAUUCGACUUCAUUUCAAUGAUUCUGUGGAACAGCGUUUUGUUUCGAGUUUCGUUUGUCAAAACAGCAAAACAGUUUCGAUCAUAGGCACCCCACCCUGCUACGAUAACCUAGGGGUGGCUGUGUUACCCCCAGGUCCUCAACCAUGCCAGUCUUGCCCUAUAAGCAACCUCAUUCUCUCCCGCCACGUCUUGUUGGUAUGAUUAACUAAGCUGCCCUUGAGCUUAGUUUUGGACACGGUCAGACUAGCUCCUAUUAACCUUGUUGUUUCUAAACCCUUGAUGUCCUGCUUCACUCUGGAUGGUUCCCAAGUCUCUCAGCCUUAUGGGCCAUAUGCAUGGCUCCAACCACCCCUUUACCAUGCCCCAAGCCUCACAGAUGAUACUGGCAUUGUCUUGCCUAGGCCUCAUAUUAAUUCGGCCCCUUGUCCUCACCGGGCUUUCUGCAGCCCUAUCUCUGCACCCUCUCUGGUGCCAGGGUCUGUUCCCCCCCCCCAGUGCUGCGCCCUCUCUGCUGCCAGGGUCCCCAUGCUGCAGUGGGCCCCAAUGAGGCCUCCUCCCCCAAAUAACUUCACCCAAACCACCAGUGUUAUCAGACAGCACACCAACCACAGCCAACUACCAUGAGUCCCUGGGCUGUAACGUAACACUGAACUCACAUCAUGCUCUGCCCCUUUAAAAAAGUAAAACUCCCUCUCUGAGGUUUGGUGCCUAGUAGGCAAGGAUACCUUAUGGGCUCCUGGUGUCCCUUGUUUUAAGGGUAGCAUAUCUGCCAGCUACCACAUUUCUGGGCCCUUCCAUCCUGGAGGCUCCUUCCCCUUUGUCUGCUGGUCCCAGCCCUGGGGUUUAUAUGGGCCUAGGGCCCUGCCUCCUCCUACCAGCUGACCAGGUGCAGAUGCAGCCAAUACCCUCAUUACCCGGUUGUCAUGGCAAUCUGCACCUGGGUUAUCUCUGCUCUAAGAGAAGCAGGCACCUUAGUGCCCUGCAGCAGUUAUUACGGGGAAACAUAAAAUGCAGCAGACAGAUCUGGGGAUCACCCGCACCCCCAGGAGGGCUGCAGAGGCUGUGCUGGAGCCCUCCCAGGGCUGUGGGCCCCCAAUCCGCUUACCAGAUGACAGACCAGCACUGGGCGCAGUUCGCUCCCAGCAUUAGGAAAAAUCGAUGUUGCCGCUGGCCCCAAGGUGGUAGCACGCGGCUCCUGUCAUCCCGCACGCAGAUUAGGGGAACACCCCCCCCCAGAAGGACUCCAGCACAGCCCCCACAACCCUCCCAGGGGUGAUGACAGGAGCCAGGUGCUGCCACCUGGGACAGGCAGCAGCAGUGAUCUUCCCAGCGCCGAUCCCAGGCAGCAGCACCCAGCUCCUCUCAUCCAGCAGGCAAAUUCAGGGGCUCUCCUGCACCCCCAGGAGGGCUGCGGGGGCUGUGCUGGAGCCCUCCCAGGACUGCAGGCCCCCGAUCUGCCUGCCAGGUGACAGACCGGCGCUGGGUGCAACCCGCACCCAGCACCAGAAAGAUCGUUACUGUCAUUGGCCCCAGGCAGCAGCACGCAACUCCUGUCAUCCUGUGCACAGAUCAGGAGCACAACCCCUGCGGCCAUCCCGGGGGUGCCAGCAGGCCCCCAAACUGCCUGCCAGCUGACAGGAGCCACGUGCUAUUGCCUGGGGCCAGUGGCAGCCAAGGCCGUCCCUGGCGCAGUGGAGGUGGUGACCGCCCUGGGCCCUACGCUUUGGGAGGCCCCGCAGAGCCGGGCAGAGUGGCUGUGGCGACUGCACCGCUGCCACCACCAGCUUUGCAUCUGGCCGCUCACUACCCCCUUCCGCCACGCAGAUCGGGGGCCUGCCAGCAUGCCCGGGAGGGCUGUGGGGGAUGUGCCGGUGUCCUCCCAGGGCUACGUGUCCCCAGUCAGCACGCAGGAUGACAGGAGCUGCAUACUGCUGCCUGGGGCCAGCGGCAGCAGCAAUUUUCCCGGCACUGCGUGCACGUUACACCCAGCACCAGUCUGUCAUCUAGCUGGUGAUUGGGGGCCCACAGCCCUGGGAGGACUCUGGCACAGCCCCCGCAGCCCUUCUGGGGUUGUGAGUGAGCCCCCGAUCUGCCUGCCAGAUGAGAGGAGUGGGUGCUGCCACCUGGGAUCAGCGGCAGCACCAGUCUUCCCGGCACUGGUCCCUGGCAACAGCAUCUGGCAGGCAGAUUGGGGGCCCGCACUCCGGGGAGGACUCCAGCACAGACCCCGCAGCCCUCAUAGGGGUACAGGUGAGCCCCCACUCUACCUGCCAGAUGACAGGAAGCGGGUGCUGUCGGCUGGGACUGGCGCAGAAGCCAGCAAGCCUGGCUUCGAAAUUUAAAACGUUUAAAAAGUUUCAAAACGUUUUGAGUUUCCUUGUUUCAAAGCUGUUUCAAAAGCUAUUGUUUCAUUUCGAUUUCACAGUUUUGAGCUUGAAACGCUUCAAAACAGCUUCGAAACAAAAUGCCAGGCAAAAUUCCGCACCGCCCUAUUAACAAAGAAUAUAUAGGUUUGAAUAAUGAAUAACUGAUUCAGGUGAGUCACUGAAAAAAUAAUGAGCUAAACUAUUGUUGCUACUUAGACCAAAACUGACAUCCAGGGUAGAAGACUAACACUGGUUUCCACAGGUAAAAUGAUGUGGCCUCCAUCAAAGAGCAGCUAGAAAUAUUCUUUUACUACGAGGGCUACUUAGUACUGGGCACAUCUACACGUCACCGUACGGCUUUAGUACUUCCUUUUGGGAAUACAAAAAGGUGGCACAGUAACUGCCCAUACUGCACUGUACAGGCAGCACACGCUUCCAUUUUCUUGCUAUGUCGCAAUAGCAGCACACUAAAAAUGGGGAGUGUGUUGUUAUAGCAACAUAGCUAGAGAUCAUGUGUAGACCCGCGUAAUUGCUAUGUUGCUGUAUUCUGCCAUACGGCAGACUAGUGCAUUGCUACGUUGCUGUAGGUCGACAGGCAGACGAGCCCAGUUACUUGUUGGUAUUUAAUUGUGAACAGCUUUAGAGACUUCAUUUACUGAACACUGUAAAAUAAGUAACUGCAUUCUGAUUUGCUUCCCAACAAGUUUCUCAGGGUUUGUGUCAAGUAUGGUUUUAGUGGUCUGGUUGUUUAAAAAACAAUCCCCACCAAAUCCAGUUAUUUUAGUCAUAAUAAGCUGAACUCUCUAUACACAACUAAUCAAAAGUCACUGUGAAUUUGUAUUACUGAAUUUACUUGCAACUGUAAAUACCAGUAUAAUAGUAAUUAAAGGUACGUAAAAAGGUC